AUCGAACACUAGCUAACAGUAACAGUCAUGUAUUUUAUUUUUCUGUACAAAAGUCACCCUUGGCUUGUAAUUCACUUUCAAGAUGAAGAUAAUAAUGAUAAUACUGCAUGUAAAGAUCUAUAUAAAACAAACCGCUUCGUCUGACCCUUCCACUUCCAGGUCUUUAUAUGCACGUGGUACCGCCAAGACGGCCAGGGGGUGGGGUGGGGGAAUACAAAUACAUCAUGUAUGUACGGGAGGACUCACGUAAAGAGCGACCACUAUUAAAUCUGGAUUAUACUCAAUGGCUUCCAAAAUCAUAAUAAAAGACCGAAAGCCACUGUUAUAUUAUCUGGUCCUGACAAAAUUACAAUUUCCCAUUUUCAUAAAUAAAUGCGCUGAAAUGUCUUAGGCCUAAAUCUAGACAUUUUUUCAACUUACUAAAAUCAUGUAUUACGUCAGCAGGUCAUGGGCUCACAAAAUGGCGGCAAUGAUUGAGUCCCAGCCCUCAAAGGACUGCGGUAAAGGCGAGGAACACAAGGCUUGAGCCAAUUGUUCUGGCACUGCUUUCAACUUGCUACACAUAGAUCUACUAAAAAGCCCACCACUCAUCACACACACGUGAAAUAAUGGCAGACCCGAUGUGUUUUCUGAUCAAGGCCGGGCUGGCUCGGCCGGGUCUAUGCGAGGCGGGAACAGCUCUGAUGGCGCUCCAAAAGGACAAGGUUGAGCUGAGGAGUCGUGCCCGCACCAAGGUGUCCCCUCUCAGCAUUCACGCUCUACAGAAACAGCGGAAGGCCAUGGAAGCCAAUAGGUCGGCCAACCUGAGGCUGUCUAGGAACCUGCACAGAACCCAGCAACCACAGGAGGGAGAAGCACCUAACAGUAGACCGACUACGUCAGAACUCCAACUCAUCAAAUCCAUUCAACCAAACUCCGAGACAGGUAUAAAAAAACUCAAGCAAACUACGUCACGGGGGCGCAUGCCUGCUGCGGCCAUCCAUGGGUUCCGGUAUCACUCCAAUGGCGAGGAGCGUCGCAUGACGCAUAGCAACAAGCAGCAGACGACCCCAGACAGCGGUACAGAGAGUGUGCACCAGGUGAAUGUCACCGACAAGCUGAGGGAAGCCAAGACGCACUGUCUCGUGUCCGCCAUGUUGCACUCGCGUGACCAGAUGGGAUCUUACUACUGCAACCCAUUCCUAGCGGAUCUUUUCUGGCGAGACCCAUUGGAGCCAAG